CACCAUCCGAGUAAACAGUGGCGAGCAGCGAGUCCCCCUCCACAUCUCAAGCAGUGCGAAUGUGGCUGGAAUCGAAAAGAACGUUCAACUUGGGCCACCGGACAACCUAGACAUGGGAUCCAAGCAACUUCACCGUCGCUCGGACUAGCACAUGGAUUGUUUUAUGUGUCGGCUGUGUCCCCGUGCUCCGACGAAAGGCGAUUUUAAUGGGAAUCCUCAAAAUGUGACAUUUCGCGUCAAGCGGAAGAUGCAGUUGUUUAUAUGCCGUCUCCAGGACGUUGUUGUGAUCACUGAUUAUUUUGCACUUUGCCUCUCAUACUAAAGGAAUCCCUGAGGUAUAGGCUACGCCGGUUCCGCGACCCAUGGAAGUUCCACCUGUCCCAUUCGCCGUGGAAUAAAGGAGCACGCGCCAGCAGCGCAGUGUGCCCAAACACUGGACACAUUGUAGCAGCAGCUGAUUCCGAAUCCUCUGGUUUGUAGGACCAUAAAGUGUCAGCCAUGAGCCUUAGUGCCUGUGCAGAAGUGCUCCCGCUUCGUGUCUUAAUAACGGUGUUAUUACUUCAGAAUACCCCGUGCGGUAUUCCGAGAGGUGUCCUAUCCAUGACUGUGGUCAUACCUGCCCAGAGUCGAGUAGAACUUUUCAGUGACACUGGGGCGUCACAGCCGUCACACGCGGAGAAGUUGAACGUGUCCACACCGGCACCCUCAAACGAGCCAGAUGAGGAGAGCCCUUCACCACAAAACAGUACAACUGGGAGUAACGCAGCGCAUGCAGCUCCAGAUGAGGGCGGCCGUCAGCAUGGAAGGAAAGACAGACCCCUGGAGAGGACCAAACCCUUUGCUAUUGUCAACGGCCACAGGAAAAGCCUGACGGAGGCAUUACAGGGGGGUCAUCCCCAGACGCUCCAGUGUGGCCUUAAGGUGGGGAACAGACUCUACCUGCUGGACCUGGAGAAGAACCAACAUCUCCUGCCUAAACCACCAAAUGUGUUCUACUACCUUCCGAACGGAACAGGAGUUGCCAUGGAGCAAAGUUCUGUGCCUCAUUGCUACUACCACGGCUCGGUGCGAGGGUUUCCCCAGUCCCGCGUGGCGCUCAGCACCUGCGCUGGACUCAGGGGGGUGAUUCUGAUCAACUCCACCCUGAGCUACGAGCUCCAGCCGGAGGAGGAGGAGGAGGAGGAUGAGGACUGGGCCGGGAGUGGGGACCACCACCGCAGUGGUGGUGGAGCUCCGGAGAAGAACCAGGAGCAGGGGAUGCACCUGCUAUACUCUACCCACCAGAGGGCUGCCUCAGCUGGGGGCUGCGGUGUCUCGCACACCCCCGUGCCCCCGCUCUACGCACCGCCACCAGUGCACAGGCACAAAAGGGACAUCCUGACAGAGACCAAGUACAUCGAGCUGGUGUUGGUGGCAGACAAUAAAGAGUUCCAGAAUUACCAGAAGAACAAUAAAACCAUAAUCUAUAGAAUGCUGGAUGUGGCAAACCAGGUGGACUGGUUCUACCGGCCGCUGAACGUCCGCGUGGCCCUGAUGGGUUUGGAGAUCUGGAGUGACGAGGACAAGAUCACGGUGGACAAGAGCCCCACGGACACCCUCAACCGCUUCCUGGAGUGGCGCACACGCGAACUGCUGCCCCGGCUACGCCAUGACAACGCACAGCUCAUCAUGGGGGAUCCGUUUGACGGGACCACAGUGGGCAUGGCCUCCCAGUCCUCCAUGUGCUCCAGGGACCGCUCUGGAGGAGUCAAUGUGGACCAUCUGGUGAGUGUGCUGGGCGUGGCGUCCACCGUUGCCCACGAGCUGGGCCAUAACCUGGGCAUGACCCACGACACGGCCGAGCGCCGCUGCAAGUGCCUCAACGAGCCGCGCAUGGGAGGCUGCAUCAUGGAGCCCUCUACAGGCCUGAUGCCAGGCCAGCUGUUCAGCAGCUGCAGUGCUCGGGACCUGUCCCUCAGCCUGCUCCACGGCGGGGGGAUGUGCCUCUUCAAUGUGCCCCAGCCGGAGAGGCUCCUGGGGGGCCCGCGCUGCGGAAACCUCUACGUGGAGAAGGGCGAGGAGUGCGACUGUGGCCUUCUGGACGAGUGUGCUGACCCCUGCUGCAACGCCAGCACGUGUAAGCUGAUGCCCGGAGCCCAGUGCUCCUCCGAUGGCAUCUGCUGUGACAACUGCAAGCUGCGUACGGCGGGCUCGGUGUGUCGUGUGCCCCUGGGGGAGUGUGACCUCCCGGAGCACUGCACGGGCACCUCCCCCUUCUGCCCGCCCAACGUCUUCCUGCAGAACGGCGAAGCGUGCGAGGGCGGCUCCUCCUACUGCUACAGCGGCGUCUGCGCCAGUCUAGACACGCAGUGCCAGGUCCUCUGGGGAGCCAACGCCACCAGAGCUCCACCUGUGUGCUUCUCCUCCGUCAACAGGCAGGGCAGCAAAUACGGCAACUGUGGCCAGCUGCCCAACGGCUCCUACGUCCCCUGCCCCUCCGCGGACGUGCUGUGUGGGCGGAUCCAGUGCCAGGGUGGGAAUGAGCGCCCCCUGAUGGGCUCCAACGCUGAGAUCCUGACCACCAAGGUGCGCCUGAACCACACCGACUUCACCUGCAGGGGGACCUUCUUCAGCCUGGGGGACGACGUCUCGGACCCCGCCAUGGUCAUCCAGGGCACCGCCUGUGGCCCCGGCAAGGCGUGUAUAGACCAGCGCUGUCAGGACGCCAGACUGUUCGGCGUGGAGGACUGCAAGAGGAAGUGCAAUGGCCACGGGGUCUGUAACAGCAAUAAGAACUGCCACUGUGAUGAGGGCUGGGCUCCACCUGACUGCAAGUACUCUGGACCAGGAGGCAGUGUGGACAGUGGACCAGCACGACAACCUAGAGGUUCUGACCCGGCCCUGGUGGCGUUGCUGGUCUUCUUCCUGCUGGUUCUGCCGGUGCUGGUGAUGCUGUGGUGUCUAGCCAUGCGGGUGCCCCGGUGCCGCCGCAAGCUGGCCCGGUUCAGCCCAGUGGCCGCGCAGAAGGGGGACUCACGCCAGCAGAACCGGGCUCCAUCUCACGAGCGUAACGGCGUCCACAAGGGAGAGGAGGUCCAGCCCCUCAGGUACAAAUGGAGACAGGAAGACGACAUCCCCCUCACCGCUACAAAUAAGUUUCAGAAACCGGGUCCUCCUAAGCCUCCAGUGCCCAAGAAGCCGUUGCCUCUGAAGCCGCUGGCCCCUGCGGACCCCCCUACGGUGCCGGUCGCGCUCGGCUACAGGCCUGCAUCAGGAGCAGCAGCGCGGAUAGCCUCCGCUACACCUCCUGCUAGCGCUAACGCUACUAGUGCUAACGGGCCCGCGUUCCCAGCCAGGACUGCCCCCUUGCCCCCGAUUAGGGCCCCCCAGCGGCACCGCUGGCCCCCCGUGUAGAGGCCUGAGGCUCCUGCCCUGCCUGGACUGAACUGGACUGGACUGUGUAGAGCAGGGACGGGCAACGUCCAUGAUAAGGAGGACACAUCUUUUCAUCGCCACCACUACGGAAGGCCCAGAUGACCACGGAUCUUUACUGCAACUUGCAGAUUCGAUGUGCAGUUGAGUUGGUUGCUCAGUGACUGCCGAAAUUGUUUGGAAGGAAUAGGUUCUCUGUCGGCCAACAGUAUAAUUUCAACGGAUUGACUCAGUAGUGGUUUAAGAAAAGUAUUUUCAUUAUUUUUUUAAGUAUGUUUUAUCUAUCGUUGGCACUCAGUACGGAGAUGGGCCGCAUGUGGCCCCUGGGCCUUCAGUUGCCCAUGCCUGGUGUAGAUGACCUUCCUGGACUUCUGUUGGAGAGGAGCCCAAAGCGUUCACUGGACACUCUGGCUGGGUGCUGGCUGCACUGACUCCUGUGCGCCUCCUUCUUUCCAUUAUCUUGGGUGAUUACUACUUUUUGGAAGUGCACAGACCAAGCAAUACACGGGUGUUAAGUGCAGGCGCAGACGCCGACCUUUGUUGGUCUUUUGUCAUUCCUGUGAGGGUUUGAAAUGGAGGUUCACCUGAGCGGCUCAGAUGUGAAAAUGUAAUCACCUUUAGUAUUAAAGUGGUGAAACGUUUGGACGUCCAAUUGGCCUAGUCUUCAUCAAAAACUACUAGAGUGAUGAAGACUCUGAAGCAAGUGGUUAACGUCAAAGCGUUAGCAAGUGGUUAACGUUGGAACGUAAGCAAGUGGUUAACGUCGAAACAUUAGCAAGUAGUUAGCGUCAAAGCGUUAGCAAGUGGUUGACGUUGGAACGUUAGUCUCCGGCACUUUGUUGAUAUUAAAUACCGUAAAAAUGUCACAUCUGAGCUCGUCAGAUGAACAUUCCUUCCUUGCUUGUGUGUGUUAGACCAUUCCCUCUGACGCACCUGAUAUUGAACUGCAGGGGCAAGAACAAGAGUUUGCUCUGCUGUGAUAAUGACGAUGAUGAUGCCUUAAGACUGCGCUAAAACCAAAUGCUGCUGCUGUGACCUCAUUUCCUCUUGCGAUAACUUCCUGUCACAUCCUGAUCAAAGAGUCAACUUUGCCUCAGAGCGUUGUGCAGCAGGGUGCUUUUCAAAGGAAGAAGAAAAAACAGACUGAUACUACUGAGUAGUCUGUGUGCAUAGUCUGGAUGAUGCUUUGGAAGUGAGCUGACGCACUUGGAAAGUUAAUGAAGAAGGCAAGGCAUGGGUGUUUUUGAAGGGAUUUCACUGAGACACCCGAGACCUAGACACGCGACAAAUGACUAAGAUGUCUAAGAAAUAUGUUUGAACAUGACAGCGAUUUUAUUACAAGUAAUAAUGAAGAACUUUUUUUUCUUUUUAAGUUUGAUUUGAAAGUUGGACCGAAAGUUUGCAAGAGAAAUGUUUGAGAAAUGUUUUCUUUAAAAAAUAAAUAAAAUAAAAAACAGAAAGAAAAAAUAUGUAGAUAUUUACAAGCUGCUAAAAACUUUGUGACUUCUCAGCAAUACCCCAAUUUUUAAGGGUACGCUCAGGUCAUGACCAUUUCUAUGACUAUAUGAUGUAUCUCAAAUGGCGCACUUGUGCACUGCAGGCACUAUGUUUCAGUGCGUGAUUAAUACGCCACAUUAUUUAUUUAUAUUACCACCAUCAGGCUUGAUAGCUGAAACGCAUUUGCUUUUUGGACAUGGUGGUAAUAUAAAUAAAUGGUAAUGAUGCAGUUUGUGAGUGCGGAUUUUUCUUCCUUAAGUUGAUACAUUUUAUCGCGCACCCAAAGACUUUCGUUUUUUCCAAGAAGUUGAGCGCGUCCUUUGCCAAAACUUGAAAUAAUUAAUACGCCAUACACACUGA